AUGAGCUCCCAACCCCCAAGCAGCUGCGUACAUACGUGCCACAUGCGUGCCUUGCUUAAUGUUGCCACUAAUGUUGCCGUCACUGUUGCUGUGCAGCCACUGUUUCAAGAGCCCACAGAAAGUCUGGAAGCAGUGUCGCUCAGGGCGCCGGGCACACGUGGGGACCCCUUCACUUGCCCGUCGGCAGCUGCUCAAACGAAUACAGAGGCGAGAGUAUGGGAGGAGGGAACGGCAACACCGCCACCAGCGUCGCGGGCGCCAAAGUCAGCGCCAGCGCUGCAACCGCCGCCGCCCAGGUCUUGUGGAGCGGCCGUGCGUGGAGCCAGCCGCCGGCGCCGCACCACAGCCACCAGCCCAGCAGCCACACUGUCCAUCUGCCGCCCAGGCAGGACACCACGACUGCCGCAGGUCCACGGAACGGGUGGCGAGCAGCAUCGGACGGACGACGUAGAAGAGGACGAGGAACCCGACGGCCUGGAGGCCUGUGUGCGUAUAUUGGUAGGAAAGGGUCCCCACCCCGAUUUACAGGGGGGCCGUGGAGGGGCGGAGGCGGGGGAGAGGAAGACGAACCACGAACGAGUGAAGGUGGAGGCCGGGGAGCACCACAUUGAAGUACUGCCACCAGGUCACCUGCCUCCUACGCUUUGUUUCCUUAAGCUUCUCAUAGUGCGCCUGCGGCUUGAGCUUCUUGCCAUUGUAGUUAUAGCUGUCCUUUUUUUCUUGCCCUUGGGCUCGCUCGGGCCUGCACCCGUGUCCGUCAUCGCUACAAGCUAUUGCUUCUGGACAAAUGACGAAACGAGCUCCGGGGAACGGUAA